CUCCGUAUUCCCAUAAUUCUCUGCUCCCAGCCCUCUGCUGCACCAGUCAAGAUGGCGGACAGACCAGUUCCCGUGACAGAGAAGCGUCUGAUGGACGUGAAGCUCGGCGAGUUGGGCACUUGGCUCGGAGGUCGAGACUUAACUCCAAAUGGGAUCAUCUCAUCCAUCCGCAGAGGUAACGAAAGGUAUUACAACAAAUACAUCAACGUGAAGAAGGGAGGGAUCGGAGGUGUCGCCAUGAUUCUGGUUGGUUAUGUGGCUCUUAGCUACCUGUGGGACUACGACCACAUCAAACACGACCGCUGGAGGAAGUAUCACUGAACUGUCAGACGCUUGGGGGUCAAACUCGAGUCCGUUUGUUCCUCUGAUUGGCUCUAUUCUCAGAUCUUUAUGUUUAAUAUGACUGGUGUGACCAAUAAUAAAAGAACUCCCUGUGGGA